AUGGGAAGUACACAGUCCGAAGAAGAAGAAGAUAAACAAAAUUCUGCCUUCAGUACGUAUAUCAAUAAUUGGAAUAUCGAAAAUUUUAGUAACUCUGUCCCUACUGUUGGAAGGCGCCUUGUUGCUUAUUUUAACACGCCUAAUAAUAAAGAAGUUUGUCAAUGGAGUCUCAUUCUUUAUCCAAAAGGAUUCAACGAUAGAGUGAAAAACUAUAUAUCUGUAUGGCUGAAGAAAACAUCACCUCUAGAAAAGCUAAUUGAAUUCUCAUGUUCAGUUGUGAACGCCGAAGGUAAAGAAAUUAAAACCAGGACAAUAAAAAAAGUAUUAUCCUUAGAAUCAGAGCUUGGAUGGGCAACCUUUUGUAAACAAGCUUUCAUCUUGGAUAAAGAAAAUAAAAUCUUGAAAGAUGGUAAAUUAACCUUGAAAUGCAGCUUAAAUAUUUACAACGAUAAAGAGAUUCUGACUGCUGAGGUGGAAGAAAUCGAUCCUUUUAGUAUAAAUUCGUCGGUGGAAAUAUGCGAAGACCUUCGAAGUUUACUUGAAAGUAGAGAUUGUAGUGAUUCCUUUAUCAGAGUCAAAGAUGAAACUUUCCCUGUGCAUAAAGCUAUUCUUAGUGCAAGGUCUAAGGUAUUUCGUACCAUGAUGCAGUCCAAAUUACAGAAAUCCAACAUAAUUAUUAUUAAGGACCUCUCUAAGGUUGCAGUUCAAGAAAUGUUACGAUAUAUUUAUUAUGGUAUUACUAGAAAUUUGAAUUUUGACUUGGCUUGUGAACUUUUUUAUGCAUCUGAUAAAUAUGAAAUAUUUAGCCUGAAAAAGAAAUGCUCGUACAUCAUUGCAUCUAACUUAAGUACAAGUGUCGCUGUUGAUGUUCUUAUACUCUCCGAUAGAUACCAAGAUCAUGACUUGAAAGAUAAAGCAGUUCGCUACAUAUCCAAACAUGCUAUUGAAAUCACAGACACCGAAAAAUGGUUCGAACUAUUAAAAAACAAUCAAAUGUUAGCCAACAAAGUUGUGGUCACUUUAGCCAGAAAAACAGAUGAACAGGAAAAGGAAGAUCCUAAAAUUUAA